CUAUUAAAUUUGAAAUGGGUGGAAUGUUGGCCACCUACAUCUUUUAAAUAUUUGUGUUGUUUGGCAUUCCAUUUAUCGUGUCUUGUUAACCAACCAAUCAGACAGCAUGUGUACUACUCUACAUCCAAUCAGACAGCACAAGCACUACACAAUCCCAUGUUGCACCUUCCACUAUGAGACAUUUCAAAUCAUUUAUCAUUGCUAUCAUAGACCAGAAGAGUUUUGGAAAAGCAUUUCUGCUCGCAAUCAAUAUGGCUCAGAAGGUGUUGGACAUGAGACGUAUAGGCUUCUCAACAGACCAGUUACUUACUAGUGUGUUUCAAGAAGUGAAGGAUAUUGUGAAUACUCAGGUACAUUUGCAUGAAACAAUGAUGCGAACAAGUGAGUUGUACAAAACCACGUACACCGAGAUGGCAGAGCGAAUGAAGACCUUACAAGAGAAACUGCCAUCAGUAUCGCCUGCUCUCUUGAGUUUGCUGUUGGACUACAUGAAAAUUGCUGCCACAUCUGCCAACGAGAAUUCAGAGAACAGAAAGCAAAAAUCUCCCAUCGCAUCUCUUCCUAAGGCUAAGAAAACUAGAAAAGUGAAGGAGAACGAGAGACAACCAGUGGCAAAAGAGCAAAAGAACACAAAAGCGGAAGACCAAAAAGGAGGUAGCCAGUCCAGCAAUCAAACCAAGGAGCGAUGUCAGCGCUAUUUCACUUACUGCACCGCAACCAUCUCCAUCACUCCUGAUAGAACCUAUAACACCUCCUACAGAACCUAACUUCAAUGACUGGCUUCCAACAGAGUCCACCUAAAAUGAUUUGUGGUUGGAUUACACUCAACUCAUGGAAGACAUUGAACAGCAAGAGAAACAACACAUGGAGAUGAAUGUCGCAGGUGAUUUAACAGCGGAAGAUCCAUAUGAAGAAGAGAUACUUCCUCCUCUUCAACGAAAUUGUAGCUUUUGUCGUCACAAUAAUAUGCUGCGUCACGUGAGUUGCAAUAGUGGACAAGUCCAGUGUCACGUGUGUUGUAAUGAACUUAUUGACUGUUUGUGUGAAUAUGAUCCAGAGGGGAUGAUGGAAGACAUGUCAUCUCAAGAUUUUGAAGGACAUAUCCUAUCAGUGUAAAUUCAGAGGUGUUUUAAUCAUGCUCUGUAACAUGAUGAUGAUCAUUAUGUACUGUAACACACUUUUGUGAAUUGUAAUAGGGGAUAGUGGUGGAAUGAAUAAAUAAUCAAACCAUA